GUCAGCUUCAGCCCGGUUUCACCCUAUAUGAAACACAGCUAGAAAUUUCCCUUCCCUGGGACAUGCCUGGUAUCUGGGAUAUGGGACAUCCAUGGUUCAAUAUAUGGACCCUCCAUUCCAGCAACAAAAGAAAUACAACAAAGGCCCUGUCCUGUAUCAGAUUUCCAGCCCAAGGUACUUAUAGUAGGAAUCCCUGGUUGAGGGUUCCUCCAGCCGAGAAGCAAAGAAAGGGUUAGGUUAGGUUGAUGGUGGGUGGGUG